UAGGUUCAAUGAACUCUUUCUAAAGGUAGGGGUUUUCCAAAACAAGCCAGACAAAAAAUUGAAGCUUAGUUUCUUGAGCAACUCGAUUUCGGCGAGUCUGUGAGUUGAGUUGCUUGAGAAUCGAGAAUCUGCGCGAAGUGGCCGCGCCUGCGCCCGCUUCACCACCCUCCGCGUAUCCAGUUUUAUAAACAAAAGCCUUGUCCCUUCACGACUCUUGCUCCAAGUUUCUUGUUCCUACAAAGGUUAAUCGAUUGGCCAGCUGAUCUCCGUAGCUCGAGCCUCGAAGAACGGGCGCUCUCAACUCUCAUCCUGUCGUCCGUCUCCUCGCUUUUUCUCAUUUCACCCUGCUCGAAAUGUCCCCGUCCUCAUCGUAGCCGUGGCUCCGCUUCGUCUCGGAAGAUUUCAAAAUGACUUCAAAUCCUCGUCAUUUUCCUCUUCGCCCUCGGGGGAAAUGCCAACAAAGUCUUUGUGUUUAAAACUGGCUGAAAUCACUUAGGGAAAAGAGCCAGAUCGAUAAAAGCGACCGAGAUGGUCAGCAUGAGCUCAACCCUUGUCGAGACGGUCUCGAUAAACUAUGAAGACUUCAAUGAGAGCUUUCUCACCUGUGGGACAUGCCUUUGCAUGUAUGAUGGAGGGGAGCAUACACCAAAACUGCUUCCUUGUUCGCACACAGUUUGCCUCCAUUGUCUUUCCCGUAUUGCAGCCCAGGUGGCAACAUCCCCUACGUUUCGCUGUCCGAUAUGCCGAGAAAGCAUAACUGUACCGAGGGGAGGCGUAGCGGCACUGCCGCCCUCUUUUCUUGUCAAUCAGUUGCUCGAUUUGAUGGCUAGCCAGAGAAGGGAGAUAGUACCUAAAUGCUCUGUGCACUUUAAUCAGGAACUCUUGUUUUGCGAAACUUGUGAUACAGUUUUUUGUGCUCAGUGCACGAGUGGCUCUCAUUCUUCGAGUGGAAAUGACUCUUGUGAACAUACUGUGAUACCGUUCAGUAUUGCGAUUAAGCGCAUGUCUGAAAUCCUCCUCUACAAAGCAAACGAAUGCAUAUCAAAACUAUCUGAAGCAGAGGAUGCGGUGAAAGGUGAAGUCACCAGGCUGGAAUCUGCUACAAGAGCUUGUAUAGAUCAUGUAGAAACGCUGUUUAAUGAAGCUAAAGGUUAUGUCGAAGCAAGAAGGCUUGCAGUGGUUGACCAGAUCAAUAAAGUCAGGGAAACAAAAAUGAAGGAACUUAAUUCACAACUAUCAACAAUUCAAGCAGAAAAAGAUAAGGUUACGACUGAAUGUGAUGGUCUUCAAUAUCAAGUAGAAGUUAGAAAUAUAUCACAAAGAAUUUCGGCCUUAACACAAAAGCUCGAGUCUGUGUCAUGUCUUGCUGAGCCAAGGGAGAACUGUUUUAUAACUUGCGAAAUCGGUUCAUCGUCACUAAACAACUUAACAAACGUACUCAAGGAUCUCGGGAGUGUCAGGACAACUACUACAUUUCCUAGUUUAUCAAGCCUUUCUCUUAUUGGUGAUUGUGUGGUGAAUCUGGAGAGUACAGUCAUGCUGGUAUCUUACGACUACGGAGGCGUUCAAAGGACUGAAGGUGGGGAUCCUGUAAGUGCCAUAGUUCAACUUACAAACUCUCCAACUGGCUCACAAGGAUCGCCAAUCGAUGUCAAAAUCGAAGAUCUGGAAAAUGGUACUUAUCACAUUAAAUUCCGUCCUCCGGCUGAAGGGAUGUACGAAGUUAAGGUCACAGUGGUCGAUCGACAGGUCGGAAAGGGCCCCUUGAUCGUCACUGCUACGAAGCAUAACAACCCAAAUAAAAUCUAUGGGACAAGAGGAUCUGAAAAAGAUCAGUUUCUACAACCUGUCUCUAUCACUUAUGACCAAACAUCUGAUAAGAUUUUUGUUGUCGACACUGGAAACUGCAGGAUCAAGAUUUUGUCCAGAGAUCUUGAGCUUAUAGGUCACAUAGAAAAUGAUUGUUUACAAGGAAGAUCUUGCACCGGAAUAGCUUGUUAUUGCCCACCACAAGAGGAACCAUGGCUCGCCUUAAUCAACUGGCGGACACGUAUUGUAACAAGGUUGAAUACUGAAGGAGAGACUUUGAGCUGUUUUACCUACGCUGAUUUUCAAGAGCCGAUCGACAUAGCCGUCGAUAACAAUUAUGGUCAUAUUCUUAUAGCUGACAACGGACCUUGUUGUGUAUUCGUUUUUGACAUUGAAGGAAAAUUCCUAUUUCGGAUUGGGGCUAAAGGGAAUCAGGAUGGUUUUUUCAAUCCCAUCUCCUCAGUGUGUGUAGGAUCAGAUGGUCAGAUAAUCGUCGCAGAUUCUCGAGUGCAGAUUUUUUCGGCGAAGGGUGAUUUUCUUCGUGUUUUCCAUUCCGAAGGUAAAGGAAGAUAUGGUGGACUCACUGUCGAUAAUGACGGCCGCCUUGUUGGAUCUAGAUGUGAAAAAGCAUCAAACUUCGUUCAGGUCAUGUCACUUAAGGACGGCAAGAUUCUUGCCACAAUUGAUUCUCAUUUGUCGAAAUUCAAACGGCCCAGUGGACUCACAAUUACUUCUACUGACCAAGUUGUAGUUGUGGACCACGAUUGUGUUAAAAAGUACAGGGAAAUGCGAAACGUUAAACACUCGGACAAACGACUUCAGCAGCAACUCAAUGAGGAGGACCGCUUCCCUGGACACCAUCUACGUGACAGGACACUGGCCCAGGGACUCAUUCUACCUGAGCAACCUCCAAGUCGACAGGUCUACACAGACUGAUGAAUGGUUAGGAGAAUCGAGAAAGAACCUUAGGUACCAAGAAAGCAGUAAUGAAGAUAAACUUGAUAAGUUUAUAAGACACAGG